AUGUUUAAUUUAUAUCAUCAGGAUGAUCCUUAUAAAGAUGAACUUGAAGAUAUUGAAGAAGCAUUACUAGGUUCACGCUUCAGUGACUUCGAUGAGAUGGAAGAUUUUUACAGAUCUAAGUAUCCAUCUUCGAAAUGCAAUAAUUCGUGGUUUAAAGACUGCCUUUCAUUUAACUGCGAGGAAUGCAGACUUUCUUCAAACAGUUGUAUAUGCUAUGAUUGUUUUAGGCAUUCAAAUCACGAAGGACAUCAUGUUAAAUGCCAUAUUAAUCAAAGUGGCAACUGCGACUGUGGCGACACUAAUUUUUGGAAGGAAGAAUCAUUCUGUACCAAGCAUCACAAGCAAAGCGAGCAUCCCGAAGCUCUUUUGACAGAACAAGAACAAUCAGAUUUCUUUAUAGCAUUUUCAACAGCUGCUUUGUUUCUUCAGGAUGCCCCAAAUAGUGGUGCACUCACCAUCAUCAGGUGGCUCAAAAGAUUCACUACAUUUGGAGAUCCAGUUCUCAGAUGCUUUUCCAUGGCCAUUUGUCCAGCAUGCACCGUUGAGCUUCAUUUAAGACUUCAUUCAGAUGCUCUCACCGCUCUUCUCGCGCUCGAAUCCAGCAUCGUUAACGAGAUUUACUUCGAUCGCACAUUUUUACCAUAUUUAUUAUCCGAACUACCAAAAAUUCUCAAAGCUCCCAUCCGCGAUGAGAAUGAGAACAUUGCAGGCUUCUUUUUCCACUGCUAUUCCAGCGUUAUUAUCGACAUUUUCUUACGAGAUUCAAGUUGGAUCUCUUCUGUUCGCGAAGCACUUUUCGCGCUUUACGAUCUUUACAGCCGAGUAACUAACUGUCAUUCCUACACUCAAUCUGCCAUUUCUUCCUUCAUUUCCGAAUAUCAAUCUUUUAUCCAACGAAUUGUCCAGAAACCAGAAGUUACAGACGAACAAAAGCGCAUGCUUGGCGAUGUCUACAUCGAUUACCUCGAACUUUUCCCUUACAGAGUUAAUUUCAACCGAAUUCCAACCGGAGACAAAGUAGAUGAUGACGAAGAAGACCCAACAAUUGUCCAUUUACUCACUCUUUGUUACAUUGACUACUGCACGAUCACUCUUGCUCCUUAUCUUGACAAGGAAAGGAUGUUAAUUUCCUUGUACAAACUCCACAAGAAACAACCGAUUUCGGAUAAUAAUUGUCCGGCCAAUCCUGAGAACACUGUUCAUUUAAUGCAAGUUCUUUGUGUGUCAACAUACAUUGCAUUAGUUGAUGCAAAAGAAUUCAGACCAAUCUUCGAAAACGCUGCCAAGAAAUUGGAUGUUUCUCUUGAUGAUUUUUGUUCUGUCAUUGCAAGUUUGCCAAUGAGAGCAUUUGUCGGCCAUUACUACUCUGAAAAGAAUUUCUUCGCAAGAAAUGCAACGAUCAUCAGCAUCGCGUUCAGAGUAUUACACAGCGACAAUUGCAUCAAAGACAUAUGGGUUCCGAUGUUCGGAAUGGUCCAAAUUUGUGCUGGUAUCAUGUCUACUGAGAAAUUCUUGGAAUUAGUUGAUUCUACAUUUGCUGUUGAACGCGAUGAUGCUGAUUACAUUCAUUUCCUUACAACGAUUUCUUUGCAAAGACUUGGAUUUGAUUAUUCCGACUUGAAUUUCCUCAAAAUCCUUACAUUUAUAAUGAUAAGGAUUCGUCCAAUACCUUUGCAUUAUGUUCUCAAUAGAUUAUAUAUCAAUACAAGUGUUGUUGACAUAAACAAGGAAAUAAGAGAAAUUUGUAACAAAUUCGAAAGUGAUGAUGUUUUUGUUCGUUUGAAAGAUGAGAAUUUCCUCCCCUAUUAUAAUUCAUUCUUCAAUCUUCCUCUUUUAAGAGAAAUGAUACAAGUUUUUACAAGCAAAAACAAGGCUUCUUUAUUCCCUUUAACUGUUGAUUCUGAUUAUAAUGAUUUGAAGUUAUUGAGAUAUAUUUGUACAAAGAAAUGGAAUUAUGCUGCAGAGAACUUGAUGUUGAAGAAUGAUACAGAUAUGAUUCAUUUCUUGAUGCCUGUUUUCGUGUUGAAACACCAGAAAUCUGCGGAAAUAAUCAAAGACGAACCGAAAAAGGAGAUUUUCGAAACAGAUUUGAAAGAAUUGUUUAUGACAAAACAAGAAGGAAAGCUUUUCAAAAUGAUUUCUCAGUUGGGAAUUCCUGGAGAAGAAUUCUUGAGAAGAAUAAAUGUUGGAGAAAUCAAAAUGAACGAAGACACAAUAAACGAGAAAAAGAAAAUUGCUAGAGAAAUGCGUCUUAAAGCAAUUGCAGAAAUGCAACGCCAACAAUCUAGUUUCCUUGGAAAUAUUGACGAUGAAUCUUCUGAUGAUGAAAAUAUGGAUGAAGACAUUUGUCCAAUUUGUCAACAACCAAAUGAUUUGAAAUCACAAGAUAUUGUUGGUUUCCCUGUUUUGGCAACUUAUGGACCAACAGAAACAUAUGGAUUUAAUUUCACUAUUCCACAAAUUCGAUAUUUCCCAUGUAACCAUCAUUUGCACAGGAAAUGUGUUCCAGCAAUGUUGUUUGAUUGUCCUUUGGAUAGAGGACAUUGCAAUGCAAUUUGUCCUUUGAUUCCUGAUGAUGUUGAUGAAUGUAACAUAACUAAUUCUAAUUUGGCAAAUGCUUGUUUCGAAUUCUUGGAUAAUAUCCAUGCGGAUAUAAGAAAUGCUCUUGAUGGAAUCAUCAAUGAAAUCGCUGUUUUGGAGUUCAGACAUUUGAUUAAUCCAAAUUGUUUCAUGGGUUAUAAUUUCACGGGAUUAAGAAACAUUUGGAGAGUCAUAAGAUUGGUCAUUAAAUAUGAUCAUUUAUAUUCCGAUCCUCCUGAAGUUAUUGAAACAGAAUCAGGUCCAAGAGAACUCCCUGAAUACUAUUGUCAUGAGAUUUUCUACUCAUUGGCAUGCUUGGAAAACCAGGAUUACAAGGACAUCAAGAAAUUCACUCUUGAAUUACUCAAAAGCCAUAAUGAAAUGAAUCCUGUUGUAUUGAGAAGACUCGCGAUUUUCUAUCAGUUCAUUUUGAAGAUCGAAUUGGUAAAACAAAAUGAAAUGAAAGAUGUCGAUUGGGAUGAAGUUCUUGAUAUAAAUAACCUUCUCGACUUCUUCGAAAUCAAAGAUGAAAAUGAUAGAAAACAAUUCUUGAACUACAAGGAUUCAACAAACAGAGUUUCCCUCAAAAUUCGGCUUCCGAAAACAAUUAUUGAUUUCAUGGAACCUCCUUUCGAAAUCAACAUCGCAAAUAAGAUACAGACAUACUUAGUUUUGGAUGGAAAUAAUGCAGGAGAAAUAGUCAGUGCUAAUCAACUCAGCAGGUUGUUAAUGAAUCCUUUCAAUCUUCUCAUUGAUGUUUCCGCAGACAGAUUAAGUAGUGUGUUGGUUUUUGGUCACAAAUCUUAUUAUGCUCUUCCUUCGCCUUACAUCAAUGAUUACGGUGAUGAAGACAUCGGAAUGACACAGGGGUUCAUCCUCAAAUUAGACCAACAGAGAUUCGAGAAACUUCUCGAUAUCUGGUUUAGCGCAAAGUACGCGCGUAUAAUCUACCUCGAUGGAUUAUAA